UUUAAAGGCUGUAAUUUUCCUGUCUCCUGGGGCUGGCUGGGCACUUGGGGGGGCACCUGCCUCCCGGGCAGCAUUUGUUUAUUAAAUCUAGGGAGUGGGGGGAGUGGGGGUUGAGCCGGGGUCAGGCAGCGCAGGCAGCUCCGCCCCCUCCCCCCCCCCAUCUCUUUUCCCCAUGUCCAUUCCAAGAUGGCUGGGAUCCCUUUGUAUUUUGUGGAUUUGCAGGAUGACUUAGAUGAUUUUGGAUUUGAAGACUAUGGACCAGAUUGUGAUAGCAUGAGGAUAACUGCAUUCUUGGACAUUCCGGGACAGGAUAACUUGACUCCGCUUGCUCGUUUGGAAAAAUAUGCUUUUAGUGAGAAUAUAUUUAAUCGACAGAUUAUUGCCAGAGGUCUACUUGAUGUCUUUCGAGAUUUCAGUAAUAAUGAAGAAGAUUUCUUGACGGUAAUGGAGAUAGUGGUCAGACUGUCCGAAGAUGCAGAGCCUACUGUACGGACAGAACUGAUGGAACAAAUACCUCCCAUUGCCAUUUUUCUGCAAGAAAGUCGACCAAACUUCCCAACAGCAUUUUCUGACUACCUUAUGCCCAUUGUAGUGAGAUACCUCACAGACCCUAACAACCAGGUUAGAAAAGCAAGUCAGGAAGCACUGCUGAUACUGCUAGAACAAGAACUCCUUGCUCAAAAUGAUAUUGAAAAUAAGGUGUGUCCAAUUCUGUUGGACCUCUCUGCUCCAGACAGUGACGAUGAGUACAAAGUGGAAGCAGUGAAUAUAAUUUGUAAAAUGGCUUCUAUGCUGAGCAAAACUAUUGUUGAACGUAUGCUACUUCCCCGUUUCUGCGAGCUGUGUGGUGAUGGGAAACUUUUCCAAGUCCGUAAGGUUUGUGCAGCUAGCUUUGGCGAUAUUUGUAAUGCAGUUGGACAAGAAGCCACAGAGAGAUUUUUGAUUCCAAAGUUUUUUGAACUCUGCUCUGAUAGUGUGUGGGGAAUGCGAAAAGCUUGUGCUGAAUGCUUUAUGGCUGUGUCUUACACCACUUCUCCAGAAGUUCGCAGAAGCAAACUGUCCCCUCUCUUUAUCAAUCUCAUCAGUGACCCCUGCAGAUGGGUUCGCCAAGCUGCUUUUCAGUCUCUAGGCCCAUUUAUUUCUACCUUCGCAAACCCUUCUAGUGCUGGCCUUUAUAUUCGGGAGGAUGGGACCCUCAGUAUCCGACCAUCAGCACAGGAUGUGACUUCCAGUUCCUGCCAAGCAGGCAACAAUGCAAACAUCACAUCUGCCAGUACGAACAUUGUUUCCUCCAGUUUAGAACAACCAAUAGAAAUUAAAUCGGAAUCGUCAACUGAAGGGACUUCAGCAGAAGCCAACCCCUUGAUCCGUGUUGAAAGCCCAAGGACAGACCUACUGAAAGGAAGUUCAAAUAGUUAUGGUGGUCCUGGAGAGGCUCUUACCAGAUUGUCCCAGAAUGACAAUACCACUGCUUGUGUGAUAGAAGGCAUUAAAGACUGUCACAUGAGCAAUUGCCAGGGAGUGAACUCAAGGUUCCAGUCUGCUGAGGAUAUCUUUAAUACUUUCCUGUACUGGCGCCCUCCACUCCCUGAUAUAAGCCAGGAUUUGGAGCUGCUUCAGUCCAAGACUGAGAAGCAUGAAGAAGGUUGCUCUAUGUCAAAAGCUAUGUGUAAUAACUGUGUUGCCAGUAGUGAAAUAAAAAAAGUGCUGGAAAGCUUGCAGGAGCACAUGGAUGAUCCAGAUGUUCAAGCCCAGGUUCAAGUAUUGUCCGCUGCGCUCAGAGCUGCUCAGUUGGAGUCCAUCAAUGAUUAUGAGACCAAACGCACAGAAGAGAGCAAUGGCAAACUUCAGAAUGAAUUGUCCACUUUUGAAGCCAGCCAUGCAACUGUGGAGAAGAACACUUUGUCCUCUUCAUCAUUCCAGGAUGAUGUAAGCGACCAAUCCACUACCAGUAUACUGAAAAGCACAGAGUCAGAGGAACAACACAAUGGGACCAUUGAAUUUUUAAAGAAAGAACAACAUAAUAAUCCACCCAUUGAAGAUGAUAAAUCCAAGUUACAGGAUAUCAUACCUCAACCUUUAUUGGACCAGUACUUGUCAAUGACCGACCCAGCUCGAGCCCAGACUGUUGACACUGAAAUAGCAAAACACUGUGCAUAUAGUCUCCCAGGGGUGGCCUUAACUCUGGGCCGGCAGAACUGGCAUUGUUUGAAAGAUACGUAUGAGACCUUGGCAGCAGAUGUACAGUGGAAGGUCCGUCGGACACUAGCUUUUUCCAUACAUGAGCUGGCUGUUAUUCUGGGGGAUCAACUAACAGCAGCUGAUCUGGUACCGAUCUUCAAUGGAUUCUUAAAAGAUCUGGAUGAAGUGCGGAUUGGAGUUCUUAAACAUCUCUACGACUUCCUUAAGUUGCUUCAUGCAGACAAAAGGCGCGAGUACCUUUACCAGCUUCAAGAAUUUGUUGUGACUGAUAACAGCAGGAAUUGGAGGUUUCGUUACGAGCUGGCAGAACAGUUGAUCCUGAUAUUAGAACUCUACAGCCCCAAUGAUGUGUAUGACUACUUACGGCACAUUGCGUUAACUCUCUGUUCGGAUAAAGUAUCAGAAGUCAGGUGGAUCUCCUUCAAACUGGUUGUGGCAAUACUACAGAAGUUCUAUGCAAAUAAUGCAAAUGCGUUGGGAUUAAAUUUCAUUAAUGAGCUUGUAGCAAGGUUCCGUCAUUGUUCCAAAUGGAUUGGAAGACAAGCUUUUGCCUUCAUUUGUCAGGCUGUAGUAGAAGAAGAGUGUAUGCCUGUUGACCAUUUUGUCGAACACUUACUUCCCAGUCUUUUAAGUCUUGCUUCUGAUCCUGUGCCAAACGUAAGGGUUCUGUUAGCCAAGGCUCUAAGGCAAACACUGUUGGAGAAAGCUUAUUUUAAAAGUGUUGGCAACCCUCAUCUAGAAGCUGUGGAAGAGACUGUUCUAGCUUUACAGUCUGACAGAGACCAAGAUGUGUCUUUUUUUGCCACUGUAAAACCAAAACUGAACAAUAUGGACAUGACUUCCCUUGAAAAACAAAACUAAAAUGUUCAUCUACUACAAACCCCGAACAUCAAAAUGGUGACACACUUCAUGUUCUUGGAGGAACAUGGAACCAAGCAAUUUAUUGCCUCCCUGGUCUGAGAGAAAAGGGCUUGUUGAAAAUGCCAUUAUCUUCAUUCAGUGACUGCUUUUAUAUCUACAGCUGUUCUUCAGAUGGGAUGACUACAUUCAUAAUUUUGUUCUUUUCCUUGUAAACAUGGCUUGUAACUCAUCUCUACAAAAGGUCCAGUAUUGUAAAUACCCUCUUACGAAGUUGCACACAUACAGCAUUUCAGUAGCAUCCGUUACAGUAAUAUAUUUUUAAAUACUGUAUUUUUAAAAAAAUCCAGUAAUAAAGCGGUUUGCUAGAAACCCCUCUAAGCCUGUAAGUUUAAAAACCUGAAGUUAGUAAGCUUAAGUGUAGCUGCUUUCCCCCAUUUUAUUGUGGGUUUUAUAUUUUUUUGUUUAUAGUAUUGCAUUUUAUUAUUUACCUGAAAAAAUGUACAUAUGUGAAUAGCUCCUGAAACUUGGCAAAAGAACUGAAAAAAUUGUAAUCCUACACCAGUGAGAAUCAUAUAAGCCAUUUUACGUUAUACAACACAGGUGGCUUGUUGGAACUAAAGCAUGGCUUAACUUCUACUUUUAACAUACAUGUGAUGUUUUUAAAAUCAGGGCUUGACUUUCUCUGUAUAUUGGGGCAGUUUUUAUUAUUUUGUCUUUUGUAAACUGUAUUACUAUUAACAUUUUUUCUCACUUCCUGCUGUUAAUCCUUGGUCUCCUUUUCUCACUGCUAGUACUGAUGGGUGUGUAAUAUACAUGGACUGUUAACUCCCCAACUGGAAAUUGCUAAUUCUGCCCUAGCAAAGUUCAUUUCAUUCAAGGAACUUGAAGGUCACAGAUUACAUGAAGUCUCCGCAAUAGGAAGUUAACCUCUAUAAAUGCUCUGCAAAGUGUGUAAGUAGGGAUGCACGUGUAUGGGAGUGCAUCACAUACACCUGUGACUUGAAAAACACUGUAUCUGGUUCAGCGUUCAGAUCCCUGGGAAUCUGUCUCUCUGUACUGUAAUGACAGAGAGAUGUUCUUAUGUUGUGGUCUCUGUACAUUUCCAUAUAGUGCAGAUUUCCAGAGUACAAAAGUUGACCUAUUUUACUUUGCAAAUUCGGUUUGUAGUAUUGUAGCUGUUGUCAUGAUUCUUUGGAUUGGAUGUAAACAAAAAAUGAAAUGGGGGAAAACCAAGAUUACAUUAACUUGACAGGAUACUGGAUUCUUCUCAUAUCUAAACAGGAACUUCAGUAGAAAAAAGUAGGACGAAAUCUUCUUCACUAAACCUGGCAGUUUUGCAAAAUAGUCACUUAAGCUAAAGAACUGAUUAUCUUUGUUGGGCCCUGCUUAUUUCAGCUCUGCCUUCCCCUCUGUACAAAGACUUGACCUAACAUAGGACCUGAUCCAAAACCUAUUGAAGACAAUGGGCUUUGAAUCAGAACCACAGCCUUGCAGUAUAUAUACUGCAUUAUGGGGAAAUGAUCUCAUUUAAUGGCAAGUAAAUUACUGUGUUCAACAUUUGCCUAAUGUGUAAACAGACCAGUGAAAGAAUAGUUCCUUCCACUUUAUUUCAUUGUUAUAAUAUGAAUUACUUAUAUUGUCUGGAAGUGAAAAAUACCACUCUCUUAAAACUGGAUUGUCAGCCUCAUAGCAAGUAGCUUUCCCAGCCUGAUUUGUGUGGUGUGUUUUUUUUUUUUUUUUGAGUGUUUAAUUUUGUAUAAAUAUUUACCAAACUAGUUUUGCAUUACAAUGUAUAGUAUUUGUAAUAAAUUGUUUGCUUGCAAGACCAUAAGAUGCUUUUAGAAACUAUAGGCAGAAAUAUAUUGUUGCUAUUUCAGAAAACAGUUUAAAAUCUGUAAAUUCCACAACUUCCACCCUUAAUUUUUUUAUAUAAUUUAAAACAAAUGCCUCUUCAAUGCAAACCAAUUUUUUAUGACUGCAAUUUCUCAGCAAAAAAAAAAAAAAAAAUCCAAGUUAGUUUUUUUGUAGUUUUAAUAUCUUUUUCUAAUGCUAACAUUAUACUAAUAUUUUUUAAACAGUUCAAAUUUUCUAAGAUUGUUCUGACCAGGUUUUAUUUUUGUUGACUAUUAACAGGUCAUUAAAUUUCUCAGCACUGAUCAUAAUGUUUUUAAGUGUACAUAGAUAUGUUUUAAAUGUACUGUAUAUAAACUGGUUACUUUAAACAUUAAUACAACCCAGCUUUCUGCUUCCAAAAAAUUACCUUGACCUGCAAUAACUUACUGGAAAAUACAAACUUCUGUAUGUUUGUGAAAGUUGGGAUAGUUUUUCAUGAUGGUAUUCUUAGAAUCACUUGUAAGCCACCAACUAAGGUCACUAAACAUUCAAAACAAAAAUUUGUGUUUAAAUCUUUUUUUGGCACCUUUCUAACUCCAGAAAUUCACGUCCAUUUUAAAUGAUGUGAUUUUGGAGGUUUUUUAGUAGAGUUUUUAAAAAUUCGUUAAAACUCUAUAGUUGCAUGCACUAGAGGGGACAACAUAGAUCUUCCUUUAACUUCAGACAACAUGCAGUUCUAUUAAACUGGCUCACUUUUUCCAAGGUGUGCAUUUGUUUUCAUUUUAUACUGGAAAUAUGACUUCAGCAUGACUAAAGACUGCACUUUACCACUCACACUAGACAAAUGGUUGCAAUGAAGAUUAAAGCUGUGUAUUCACAUGCAACUCUCUGGGCUGUUUAAAUUAUGCAAAAACUGUAUUUGAAAGCCAAAUGGAGCAAAGUGAGGUAGUCAAUCCACUUUUGCAAAAGCAGCAAGAAUAUCACUCUAAAACACUUUUGGCUAAGGGACAUGAGAAUAACAUUAGUGGUGCAAUAUUGCUUGGAUGCUGUAGAAAAUUAUCAGGCACUUGUAAUCCAAAGCAUGUUAGUCAUGUUGCUUAGAAUUCAAACUCCCUGUAUCCGCUAUAUAGGAUACACACUUGGCAACUAACAGGAUUCUGCCCUAGUGGCAGCUGUCAUCUAUAAACAGUGUUGUUUAGAGUCCAAAUAAGUGGAGACACUCUGGAAGUGCCACUGAUUUGCCAGAAUAUAGAAUCUAUGUAACUUUCUAUUGUAUUUAUCUCAAUAAAUCUCAUGACUGUUUUAUGAAA